ACUCACAUACACACAUCCACAUCUUUCUUUCUAUCUUUCUUUCUCCUCUCUCUAAAAAGUUGAGUACUUUUAUUAGCUCUCAUCACUUCACACAGAAGAAGAUGGUAUUUUUAUUUCUUUCUGCUGAUGGCUGCAUCAAAUGAUUUGAAAAGCUGAGUCAAAUCACAACAAGAAAAAGAAAGUUAUAAUAAUAAUAAUAAUAAUUAUAAUAAUAAUUAUCAAAAAUAUUAUUUUUUCAGAUUAGUUGGUGUUAUUUGUUUAUAUUAUUGUGGAGAAAAAAAAAUUUAAAAAAAAAGAAUGGCUUCUUAUUUUCAUGGAAAUUCAGAAAUACAAGAAGGAAAUGAUGGAUUACAAACUCUAAUACUAAUGAAUCCUGGCUAUGUUGGAUUUUCUGAAGCACAACAUCACCACGCGCCACCACCGCCACCGCAAGGCGGCGGCGGCAGUAACAUAGUUUUCUUCAACUCCAACCCUCUUGGAAAUUCAAUAAACUUAUCUCACGCGCCACCACCUCCGCCGUCACAACAACAACAAUUUGUCGGUAUACCUCUCGCCACCGCCGCCUUCACCGCCCCAUCUCAAGACUCCGGCAACAACAACAACAACAACGAGUCUUUCUCCGGCCUUCACGGCUUCCUUGCUCGAUCGUCUCCAUACGGGUUCUACAACCCGGCUAAUGACAUCACGGCGGCGCGUGAGGUCACACGCGCUCAUCAGCAGCAGCAACAAGGGCUUUCCCUUAGCUUGUCCUCAUCCCAGCAGCCGAGUUUUGGGAGCUUCACGGCGGCGCGUGAGAUUGUUUCUUCGCCUACGGGUUCGGGUUCGGCUUCGGGGAUACAACAGCAGCAACAACAACAACAACAGAGCAUUUGUAGUGUUCCUUUGAGUUCUAAGUACAUGAAGGCUGCACAAGAGCUACUUGAUGAAGUUGUAAAUGUUGGAAAAUCAAUGAAAAGUAGUAAUAGUACUGAAGUUGUUGUUUAUAAUGAUGUCAAAAAAUCGAAAAAUAUGGUCGAUAUGGAUGUACAGUUAGACGGAGUUGGACCAGCAGAGAAAGACGGAGCUCCAACCAAUGAGCUAAGUACCGCGGAGAGACAAGAAAUUCAAAUGAAGAAAGCAAAACUUGUCAACAUGCUUGACGAGGUGGAGCAGAGGUAUAGACAUUAUCAUCACCAAAUGCAGUCUGUGAUAAAUUGGUUAGAGCAAGCUGCUGGUAUUGGAUCAGCAAAAACAUAUACAGCAUUGGCAUUGCAGACGAUUUCGAAGCAAUUUAGGUGUCUAAAAGACGCGAUAAUUGGUCAAAUACGAGCAGCAAGCAAGACGUUAGGCGAAGAAGACAGUUUGGGAGGGAAGAUUGAAGGUUCAAGGCUCAAAUUCGUCGAUAAUCAGCUAAGACAACAAAGAGCUUUGCAACAAUUAGGAAUGAUCCAGCAUAAUGCUUGGAGACCUCAGAGAGGAUUGCCCGAACGAGCUGUUUCUGUUCUCCGCGCUUGGCUUUUUGAACAUUUCCUCCAUCCUUAUCCCAAGGAUUCAGACAAAAUGAUGCUAGCAAAACAAACAGGGCUAACUAGGAGUCAGGUGUCGAAUUGGUUCAUCAAUGCUCGAGUUCGUCUUUGGAAACCAAUGGUGGAAGAGAUGUACUUGGAAGAGAUAAAAGAACACGAACAGAACACGUUGGGUCAAGAAAAGACGAGUAAAGUAGGCGAACAAAACGAAGAUUCAACAACAUCAAGAUCCAUUGCUACACAAGACAAAAGCCCUGGUUCAGAUAGCCAAAAACAGGACAACCCUGCUUCAUCAAUACCGAUGUCCAACGCCACUUCCAUACCCCCUAUCGGUAUGAACAUCCGUAAUCAGUCUGCUGGUUUCAACCUGAUUGGAUCACCAGAUAUCGAAAGCAUCAACGUUACUCAAGGGAGUCCAAAGAAACCGAGGAGCAACGAGAUGUUGCAGCAUUCACCAAACAGCAUUCCAUCUAUCAACAUGGAUGUAAAGCCAAACGAGGAGCAAAUGUCGAUGAAGUUUGGUGAUGAUAGGCAGGACAGAGAUGGAUUUUCACUAAUGGGAGGACCGAUGAACUUCAUGGGAGGAUUCGGAGCCUAUCCCAUUGGUGAAAUUGCUCGGUUUAGCACCGAGCAAUUCUCAGCACCAUACUCAACUAGUGGCACAGUUUCACUCACUCUCGGCCUACCACACAACGAAAACCUCUCAAUGUCAGCAACACACCACAGUUUCCUUCCAAUUCCGACUCAAAACGUUCAAAUUGGUGAACCAAAUCAUGAGUUUGGUAGCUUAAACACACCAACAUCAGCUCACUCAACAUCAAAUGUCUACGAAAACUUCAACAUUCAAAACAGGAAGAGGUUCGCCGCUCCCUUGUUACCAGAUUUUGUUACCUGAUAAACUAAAUUUAGCGACAGACAAACAUCUGUCGCUAAACAAGAACAUGUUUUAGCGACAGAUAACUUCAGUCGCUAACUUAGCGACUGAAAACUUCUGUCGCUAAACAUGAACAUGCAUUAGCGAUAUACAGUAUACAGUAUAUACUGUAUGUCGCUAAACAAGAACAUGAUGAAAAAUGAUACAUGUUUUAGUAUAUUGUUUCUCAUUCUAUCAUAUAAUGGUAGUGUAAAGAAUCAAGAAACAAGUUUUACAUAGUUACAUAGUCUUUAUACAUUGGAGAUGAAGAACCAUUUAAGUUCUUCAAAAAUAGAUAGAUUUUCUAGGCUACAUCUAGAAGAUAUAUAUAUGGUUUUGAGGGUUUGUAUAUUAAUUUUGGGAUUGUUAUAUUGGAUGUGAAAAAAAAA